AUGGCAUCUUCAGUCUUCUUCAAAUUCAAGUCGCAGAAGGAGCCCACGAGGGUAGAGUUUGAUGGCACUGGAAUUUCAGUGUUUGAACUCAAGCGUGAGAUCAUCAUCAAGAGCGGCCUGGGAGACGGCACAGAUUUCGACCUCUUAAUCUAUACAGAUGACAACAGUGAGGUCUACGACGAUGAUACAACGAUUAUUCCUCGGUCAACUACAGUCAUCGCUCGACGCCAGCCUGCCUCUAAGCCUGGCGCAGGCAGAGCGGCUCGAUAUGUCACUGGCAAGAUGCCCGUCGCGGCUAAAAAUGCCGGCCGCAAAGAGCAGACUGCCAAAGUGUCGACAUUCAAGGCGUCCGGUACUGCUCUCAGCCAAAUGAACAAUGCCAUGACUGAGGAGGAAAAGAUGUCCGCUAUGUUCGCCGCUCAGACGGAACAAUGGUCAGCGCAGCAGGAAGAGCUCUCUCACCAAGCACCUGUUUUCAAGCCCGGUGCCAAACGACCGGUCAAUGUGCCCGACCAUGAGCCACCGAAUGGAUAUAUCUGCUAUCGUUGCGGUAACAAAGGUCAUUGGAUCCAAAGCUGUCCCACAAACGAUGAUCCCGACUUUGAUAAUAGACCUCGAGUGAAGCGUACCACAGGCAUCCCGCGCUCGUUCUUGCAAAAGGUUGACAAGUCUGACAUCCAGGCCCAGUCAGAGGGUGACGAGUCCAAGAGACCAUCUGGCAUCAUGGUGAACGCCGAGGGCGACUUUGUCAUUGCAGAGCCUGAUAAGGCGUCAUGGGAAAAAUAUCAAGCCAAAGCUGCCAAGUCGGCCUCGGCCUCGAAGGAAAAUGAAUCCGCCGACAAGGAGAUUCAGGAGCGUGGAUUGGAGUGUUCUAUCGAUAAAAGGAUGUUCAUAGACCCAACGAAGACGCCUUGUUGCCAAAAGACGUUCUGUAACGACUGCAUCAGCAAUGCUCUUAUGGACAGUGACUUCGUCUGCCCGGCUUGCCGAACAGAAGGUGUUCUUCUUGAUGACCUGCAACCUGAUGAGGAAGCUUCCAAGAGUAUUCGAGAAUAUUUAAAGGAAAAGGAGGCUGCCAAAGCCAACCCGUCGACUGCCGUCUCACCAAAGGAGGAGGCAAAGACUGACGAUAAGGAAACAGAUGCCACUUCUGCCGUUGUCGAAUCACUUGAGACGCCCACAGAUACUGGCGUCAAGCAAGAGUCUCCAGUCGGCGAAGUUGUGGACGUUGAAGUAGAGUCACCGUCAUCAGACCGACCAAAGUCUCCAACACAAGACUCGGAUUCCGGAAAGUCCCAGAAGAGCAACCCUGACAACAAAGAUACUCUUGUAUUGAAAAAGCGACCUGCGGACGAGCUGUUGGAAAAUCCUAAAAUUCCCAAAGGUCCUCGCGCCAUGCAAAACCAACAAAACAUGAACAGCAUGAUGAAUGGUGGCAUGAAUGGCAUGAACGCGAUGAGUGGCAUGAACGGGAUGAAUGGCAUGAACGGUAUGAACGGCAUGAACGGCAUGGACAUGAACAUGAUGUUCAAUGGAAUGGGGAUGAUGCCCAACAUGAUGGGGGUGCCCAACAUGAACAUGGGUAUGGGCAUGGGGAUGCCUAACAUGGGAAUGCCCAACAUGGGGAUGCCGAUGAUGGGAAUGCCAAACAUGAUGGGUAUGCCUGGGUUCAACGGUAUGAACAAUGGCUUUGGUGACGGUAGCUGGGGAAUGGGCAUGAAUGGAAUGGGCAACAUGGGCAUGGGAGGAAAUAUGAGCCACAUGAAUGGUAAUGGCGUGUUCCAGAAUGGUGGCAAUGGCUUCCAGCAGCAGCAAGGCGUCAACGGAGGCGGCGAAGAUGACGCUUACAUGCGCAAGCCUAUGAACCCCCAUCGGCAGCAAAACAAGCAACGUCGCGUACGUCCAAGCGACUACAGGGAGCUCUAG